UGGAAGCCCACUUCUAGUCGUUUGCCCCGUCCCAGCCCUGAGAACCUUGGUUAUUAAGUUCGCCAACUAGGUCCAUGCAAUUCUUUCUCCGUUAUGAACCUCCAAGUCAUCCCAGUCCGAACAUCCCGCCUAUACCCAUACAGCCGAAAGGCAUCAGGGUGUAACCACACGUACCCUUUGCUCCGACUUCUAUCUACAUAAAUCCUUCCUUCCCUCAGCUUUUCUCAGGCUCUCUCCUCUUCUCUCUGCUUCAUCCACAUUCGCUUGUCUAUCAUACCGACACCUGAUAUCCACUACCACCGUACACUUAAAACCCACCAACCAUCACCGUUACCCAAAAUGAAGUACGCGUAUGCUCUCGCUGCCCUGGCUGCUGUCGUCGCCGCCCAGGUUGACCCUACCAUCAUCCCCGAGUGCGCUCGCAAGUGCUUGCUGGACGCCACUGCCUCGGCCACCAGCUGCAAGGAUGGCGACUACGUCUGUUCCUGCGAGCCCGCCAACAAGUCUGCUAUCCAGGCCGCCGCCACUGGCUGCGUCGUCGGAGCCUGCGGUGCCGACGUUGCUCUGAACCAGGUUCUUCCCGCCUCCGACAAGCUUUGCGCCGCCGCUUCGGCCGGCUCUGGCAUGUCCGCCUCAGCUUCCGCCUCCUCCUCGGCCGCUGCCUCCUCGGCUGCCUCUGCUGCCUCCUCGGUCCCCCCCGCCAGCAUGCCCUCCGUUGCCACCACCACGGCCGUGACCGUCACUGCCUCUCCCUCCGCCAGCAGCGUCGUCGUCACCUCUACCCGCGCCAGCAACGGCACCGCCUCUGCCUCUGGCACCGCUUCCGGUACCGCUGCCGCUACCACCUCCGCCGUCCAGGCUGGCGCUGCUGGCCUUGCCCCCAUCGGCGGUCUUGCCAUGCUGGUUCUCGGUGCUCUUGCUAUCUAAGCUACCAGACCAAUGGAGACAUGGCUCUUGGAAGUAGAGCUCGCCCGGAGUUGUCUGUAAAGACAGACGGAUGGACUCUUUGUACAUGCAUGAGAAAAGUCGGAAUGAAACGAUUCAUGGUUGAUGGUGGAUGAUUAAAGAUUCCUGCACCACCAUAUGGAGGUUUAUUGCCCGGAGUCAUGUGUUUGGCAUCGGGCAUGUAGUUCAAGU